AAAACCAAAAAAAAAAAAAGCCACACAAAAAAAAAUUGGUUACCAAUUACAAAAUUACACUUUGCAUAUAAAUAUAUAUAUAUAUAUACCACAUCUCAUUUUACAUUAAAAUUGUGAAAAGCCGAACCUGCCUGCCUGCCAAUAUAUCAUCACCAAUGAUCCUCUGCUAAAACAGCGCCGAAUUUUGGUGAUCAAAAAGUGGAAAAUCAACGGGGCCCUAUUGAAAGGGGCCCCUAACAAAGAGUGGCCGCCCUUAGGCGGAUUAAGGGGCAGGUAACAUGGAGCAGUUCGAGCAACUGCUGACGUGUGCAAUUUGUUUGGAUCGUUAUAGAAAUCCAAAAUUGCUGCCAUGUCAACACAGUUUUUGCAUGGAACCAUGUAUGGAUGGCCUUGUCGAUUACGUUCGUCGACAGGUCAAAUGUCCAGAAUGUCGUGCCGAACAUCGAAUACCCUAUCAGGGUGUUCAGGCAUUUCCAACGAACGUGACAUUGCAACGUUUUUUGGAAUUACACAUCGAAAUUACUGGGGAAUUGCCAGAUCCAACCAGUGGUCAAACCAUGGAACGUUGUGGUGUUUGUUCAGAAAAAAGUUAUUGUGCCCUUUGCGUUCAUUGUGAGAAAAAAUGCUGUCCAGAAUGCAAAGACGCUCACAUGGACAUCCUUAGACGUGAAAUCACUCGCAUCAAUUCACAGGUGCGUAGGGGAUUACAUCGAUUACAGGAUGCAUUAGCUUUAGUGGAAAAAAACACCUUGGGUCUACAGACAAAUUCUGCAUCGGUUGCAGAGGAAGUGGACGAAAUUUAUCGAAGGCUCAGUAAAGCAUUAAAAGAUCGUACCGAACAAUUACGUAAUGAACUCGAUCGUUAUUUAGGCACUGAACUUCGUGGACUCAUUCAAUUGAAAGAAAAUCUUGAACUUGAAAUCGCCAACAUUCAAAGUAAUUGCGAUCUUGCGGAAGCUCAUAUUAAUGAAAAUGUCCCAUGGGAUGACGCUGAACUUCUUGAUACUAAAGAACUUUUUUUGCGCACCGUCGAAUUUAUCAGAAACUUUGAAUAUGAAGCAGGAGAUUAUGGUCGACGUGUACGUUUUGUAAUGGCUCACGAUCCAAAUCAAUUAGUUCUUCAUGUUGCCGGUUAUGGGGAAUUGAAUAUCAAACCUGAAACCGGAAGUAGCGGGCUUUUAGGAAGUAGUUCAGGAACUCUUGCACCGCCCGGUGGUUCUCCUGGUCUAAUGCGAAGCAAAAGUGAUCAUCGUCUCGCCUCUCAAUAUCGUCAACCGGAUGACGAUCGAUUAACCAGAAAUCGAUACGUUCCCGAUUAUGAAUACGAUACACCGGAAUAUGAGGCACCGAGAAAUAAAUCGCGUUACAGAAGUCGAUUUAUGAGACAUCGAGAUGGUGAAGAUUCAGAUGGCGAUACAAGGACAACGGUGAGAUUCACAGGAACACAGGACACAGGAAAUGCACGUGAACGAGUCCUUGAUACGGAAGAUGCUGCGAGGGGUCCACUCUCGGGAAUUUUUCGUCUCACGGAUUCACCGCGUGUUAUGAAGAAACUACAGGAAUACGAAAGGGCUGGCAAGAGGAAAAAAGAGGAACCCGUUCAACCUCCACCGGCUCCACAGCCAAAGCCCCAGGUUCAAGUGAGAAAAGCACCAACAUCCGUGGCUCGACAAGUAAGCGAAGACGACGAAAUCUCAAGAAUCAAGAAGCAAAAUAAAAAUGUUCCUACACCACCGGAAACAGUCGAAGAACGUCAACCGCCUUCUGUGCCGGUUCAUCAAACCGUCAGAGAAACUCAAGAACGAGAACCGGAAGAACUUCCCCGAAGAACACCCAUAUCAAGAAGAACAUCGACAGACACUCAUGCACAAGGGACAAGAAGUGCAUCUUCAGAUUCAAGUACAGGUUCAGAAAGUUCGAGUGGCUCGGGAAUAAGAAACACUGGGGCACCAUUCACAGCUGAAGAAAUGAAACAAAAAUAUUUAUCGCGAGCACCACCGACAAAUACAACAACCACAGUUUCAUCAGGUCCAGGUAGUCUCUCAAGUUCAUCCCAUAGAGACCCUCCAACAACAACCACAUCCUCUACCAGACCCUUUCAGAGUCGUUUUUUAGGCGCAGGUAAUCGUGCUGCACCUCCACCUCCUCAGGUGGCACCAACGCCUGCAAGGGAAGAGCCUAAGAAAAAAGAAGAGGACGAGGAGGACGAAGAUGAAACGAGCAGUUCAUCCGAAGAAACAGAAACUGAAACCGAAGAGGAAUCAGAAACUGAAACACGAACAACAACCACUGCACCUUCCACAACACAAGAUCGACAGAGAAAUGAAUCUGCCAUGGCUCGUACAGAUAUUGGUCCUCUUCUUGCACGAAGUGCCGAAGCCCGUCGUGGCAGUAAAGAGGACUCACCUUCAUCAAGAUACGUCUCACCGAGGGGAAGUCCAGCGCAGACAACAACACCAACGACAACCACUUCGAUGACAACACCAAGCGGCUAUACUAGCAGAUUCCUGAACAAGAGCAGAAGUCAGGCAACAAUGGGAACCCCAACGAGGGAGAGGGAACGGGAGCCAAUUGUGGACACAGAACCAAUCGAGCCAUUAUCACCGAGAUCGAGGUACGCAGCACUGAAGGAGAGGAGACAAAGAUUGGCGAGAUCGAGGAGCUCCCACAAUUUCGGUGGCGAGGAACUCGAAAUCGACGAGGAUCCACCAUCGCCAACGACACAAUCGCCGAAUGCCUAUCUGGCAGCGAAAUACGGUGCCGGCUCGGAAUUGGCAAGAAGUCGCAGCACACACGCACUCAAAUCACGCGAACCAAGUCCGGAUCGAGAUCGAGGAGGCGCCGAAAAAGACGGCGCUGCCCUUAGUUCAUGGGCGCGUUAUCUUAAAAAUAAAUACGGAAAUAGAAGCACCAAGGAUAAGGAGCCACCCACGACAUCCACGAUACCCUCAUCUAGGAAUAACGUAACUUACAUAAUAAAUCAUCUGAAAGGACAUCAAGCAAGGAUUGUAACGAGGAAUUCAAAUAUUAUUGCAAGCGCAACCUCUAGAAGGUUGUCACUUGGUCUACCUCUGAGACAUCCGGGUCAAACGUCUUUUGAAUCUUCUGACGACGACCAAAAAAACCCGUCAGGCUCCCCCACGUCCCCUAUAGCAGCUCCCGUUAUACCCGCGCCAGCAGGUUCCUCCACUAGAGGUCAGUACCUGCUGAAGCGGCGGCAGCUGUUCAAAUUUGGGAUGCGGGGGAGCGAAGCCGGAUGCUUUACAUGGCCAAGAGGCCUUGCAGUUGGGCCGGACAAUUCCAUCGUUGUGGCCGAUAGUUCAAAUCAUCGUGUUCAGGUUUUCGAUGGAAACGGAAAUUUCAUGAAGGAAUUUGGAAUGUAUGGAAGCGGAGAAGGUCAAUUUGACUGUUUGGCAGGAGUUGCGGUUAAUAGAAUUGGCCAAUUUAUCAUUGCCGAUCGUUAUAAUCAUCGUAUUCAAGUUUUGGAUCCAUCGGGUCGAUUUCUUCGGGCUUUUGGUUCUCAGGGAACGUCUGAUGGAAGAUUCAAUUAUCCUUGGGGCAUAACAACAGAUGCUCUUGGUUUUAUUUACGUGUGCGACAAGGAAAAUCAUCGCGUCCAAGUUUUCCAAUCGGAUGGAACGUUUGUUGGGAAAUUUGGAUCCUGUGGAAGUGGACGAGGUCAAUUGGAACAUCCUCAUUAUAUUGCCGUGAGCAACACAAAUCGUGUUAUAGUCAGUGACAGUAAUAAUCAUCGAAUUCAAAUAUUUGACGUCAAUGGACGUGUUUUGACGGCAUUUGGAUCAGAAGGUUCAGACGAGGGUCAAUUUAAAUUUCCUCGCGGUGUCGCUGUCGAUGAUCAGGGUUACAUUAUUGUCGCCGAUUCAGGCAAUAAUCGUAUACAAAUAUUCACACCUGAAGGCAUUUUUCUUCGAUCUUUUGGCAAUUGGGGUAGUGGCGAUGGUGAAUUCAAAGGCCUCGAAGGUGUUGCCGUCACAUCAGCUGGCAAUAUUGUUGUUUGCGAUCGUGAAAAUCAUCGUGUCCAAGUCUUUUGAUUUUCUUCUGUAAAACUUUUUUUAAAAAAAAUUUAACAAAUUUUUUUCUCCUUUUUUUUUCUGCAAUUGAGGAAAUUCUUCUAUCCAGGUGAGUCUCUAAAUAAUAGAAAAUCAUUUUCAAAAAAAAAAAAAAAAAAAUAAUUAACAAAGUUCGGAAAAAUAUAUUAAAACAAAAAAAUAAAAUGUAUAUUAAUUCUUUAUAUACAUUAAGUAAAGAAAAGGAAAAAAAAUGUUUAUUAGACACAUCUAGUCAAAUAAAAUGAGAAAAAAAGUAACUUUUUGAAGACACGUAAAAAAAUCAAUUAACAAAAUGAAUUCAAUUAUAAAAAAAAAACUCUUUUAUGUAAUUUUUAAUACCGUAAACUCCUGCAUACGUAAAAUAAUCUUAAUUUUAUUUGUACUCAAUUAUAUGACAACACACUUCGUUUGUACCGUUUGUAACAUGCUUUAAAUAAAUUGUUGCAGAAGUAAAA